UUUUGGGGUGGCAGAUUUUUGUCUCGCCUAAGGCGGCAGAAAGUCGAGUACUGGCCCUGAUGGUCACGAUACAACCUGGCCACACACAGACUCAAGAUCAGUUUAGAUUAAUUUAUUUUACAGGAGCUGUAGUUCAUAAACUGACCCAGCGAGUUGCAGUGAACUGCGCAUCUGCUAUCAGAAACCAAAAGCGUUUAAAGCAACCGGACUGCAGUUGUGGCAAUUGUAUUUUGUUUUCGUCUCGUGCUGUUUGUUGCCUGUUGCAGCUGCAAGAGAAAGACUGUCAUGUAACUGGAUGCCGGAGGUGUUUUAAGUGAUCCAGUGACAGCCCUCCUAAAGCAACACCAGACUGCUGCCUGGAAGUGUGAGGAAAGCCCAGCAACACGCAGCCAUGUUGGAGGAGGACAUGGAAGUGGCCAUCAAGGUGGUGGUGGUGGGCAACGGUGCGGUGGGGAAGUCUAGCAUGAUCCAGCGCUACUGCAAGGGCAUCUUCACCAAGGACUACAAGAAGACCAUCGGUGUGGACUUCCUGGAGAGACAGCUACUAGUGAAUGAUGAAGAUGUGAGAUUGAUGUUGUGGGACACGGCAGGGCAGGAAGAGUUUGACGCCAUCACCAAGGCCUACUACCGCGGUGCCCAGGCGUGUGUACUGGUCUUCUCCACCACCGACAGGGAAUCGUUUGAGGCCAUCGGCAGCUGGUGGGAGAAGGUGGAGAUAGAGGUGGGAGACAUCCCCACUGUCCUGGUGCAGAACAAGAUUGACCUUCUAGAUGACACGGUGAUCAAAAAUGAGGAGGCAGAAGGUCUGGCCAAGAAGCUCAAGUUAAGGUUUUACCGAACCUCCGUAAAGGAGGACCUCAAUGUCAAUGAAGUUUUUAAAUACCUAGCAGAUAAGUAUCUGCAGCGACUGAAGCGGCAAACAGCAGAAGAGCCUGAGGUAGUCCAUACAACUAGCAAUAAAAUUGGAGUUUUCAACACCACAAGUAGUAACUUAUCUAGUCAGAACUCCAGCAACGGCCGAGAAGUCAUCAGCUUGCGACCCAACAAACAGAGGACAAAGAGAACCAAAAACCCCUUUGGUAGCUGCAGCCUUCUUUAGAAUCAAUCCGUUCCCUACAAUAAUGUACGAUUUGACUGCCGUGUGAGUGUAAGAAUCUAUACAUUUACAUUUGAGCAUAACCUAGGUGUAGGUGUAGGUCUUAAUUUGACCCCUCUUUUGUUGCUGAGAAUUUCCCUGCAAAUGACCUUCAUGAUGGACAUAAAUUCACAAAAAAUCUGCACGUGUAACAUAUUAACAGUAUUGCACUUCAUGUAGCCUAAUUUUGUCCAGCAAAUAGUCUAACCACAGAACAAGCAACACUAAAAGUUCAAAUCCUGUUGCUGCAGGAUUAUUUUUGCUCAGACAAUAUUGGUCAAAUGAAGAUCUGACAUCUGUAAAUCUAAUAUGCACCUGAGUAUUGUGAAUACCAUGCCUUUGAGCAUCUUUACAGAUCAAGUGCAGCCUUUGUUUCUCAUGGAUAGAUGUAUGAAAUAUAAAGCGACAGUAACAAUAGUCCUCCUGGUGGCUGUAAUGGGUACUACAAUCCAACACAGACUAUGUUGUAGCAUGAAUGUAAUGCUUGAAGCAGAUCUUUUGAGAAAUAGUAGUUGGGCAUGACAGGGUUCUCCCAUUUACACCCUUCAACAUGGUGCAGGGAAGGGUUACAUUCUAGUUCACUAACAAGGUGUAUUUGUAUGUUCAUAUUGUGAUUUUUAUAGAUUGCCAUUUGUGCACUUGAAUCUGUUUGUAUUGUAAGAAAUAUACAGAUUACUUUCUACCAUAUUUGUUCUAAAAUAUUAAUGGAAUAUGGUUCAAUAUGCUGAGUGUACAAAACAUUAGGAACACCUUCC